AUGCGGCUGCCGGCACGUGUAAUAAUCUGCAUUGUCUUGUGGCUUCACUUUUUCCAAAUCUGCAGUGAAACCAUGGGACCAACCAGUGCUCCAAAGGGAUGUGGUUCCAGUAUCAGCUCCAUGUAUUACAACCUGUGUGACCUGACGACACUGUGGGGGGUCGUGGUGGAGGCCGCUGCUGCUGCUGGCGUGGUGACUUCCUUUGUUCUGUUGGUCACCCUCAUGGCCAGCUUACCGUUUGUUACAGACAAGAAGAGAAAGGGUAUGGUGGCCCUGCAGGCCGGCAUUCUGGUCUUCACGCUGGGCCUCUUUGGACUCACCUUUGCCUUCAUUGUGGGUCGGUACUCAACCAGCUGUGCUGCACGGAGGUUCCUCUUUGGAGUGCUGUUCUCGGGCUGUCUAGCCUGCCUGGUGAUGCACGGGUUGUGGCUCGCCCUGCUGCAGCGGAGGGGCCGGGGGCCCAGGAGCUGGAUGUUAUGCCUGGGAGCCCUGGGUCUGUGGAUGGUCGAGGUAAUCAUCAACACCGAGUGGCUCAUCAUCACCAGGAGCCCACCCACAGGUGUCAUCAUAUCUGACCUGUCCUGCAGCAUUGCUAACGGGGACUUUGUGAUGGCACUGAUCUACGUGAUGGUUCUGCUGCUAGCCGUGGUGGUGAUGGCUGUGCCCUCACUGACGCAUAAGCACAAGCAGUGGCGGCGAGACGGAGCCUUCAUCCUGGUCUCGGGGCUCUUCACCGUGGCUAUCUGGGUCGCUUGGAUCGUCAUGUACAUCCAUGGGAACAAAGUGGUCGGGAAUCCCAGUUGGGACGACCCCACUCUGGCCAUCGCCGUGGUGUCAAAUGCCUGGGUGUUCCUCUUCCUCUACGCCAUCCCAGAAAUUUGCUUACUGACCCAAGAGGACCCAGACCAGGAGCAGCCAAUGGAUGGAGAUCAUGUUUAUCCCGCCAGGAGCCUGGUUUAUGACAACAUCUGUAAGGUGGCAGAGCCGGAGCCACCCCACCAGAACGUGUACAUGGAGAAUAAAGCCUUCACUAUGGACGAGCCUCCAGCGGUACCCACCAAACCAGUGUCCCCAUACGGUGGUUAUAAUGGUCAGCUGCGAAGUUGCGUGUACCAGCCCACUGAAAUAGCCCUGAUCGCCAAGGGUCUGACUAAGAUGGACCAGGACGCCAUGCUGCCUCGAGACCGAGGCCCCUUCGUGCCUCGGUCGUCCGAGUCCUCGUCGCCUUAA